ACGGACAGACAGUAAUGAAAUUGAAAAUUGAUGUGUGUACUAUGACGUGAUGUGACCGAAUCGAAUGUUUUGAUUUUUAUAAAAACUUGUACAAAAGUAGCGACUAUUCAUUGUUAUUCUGUGUUAUUUAGCUUUAAGUGAGAAAGUGUUGACAGUGACUUCAACUUCGUUUUCUUUUGCUUGCUAACAAGGGAUUGUUGAUCGAUUGUGUGAUAAUAGUUUAUUCUGUUGACCUAAUUAGUUUUUGAAAAUGGGUGAUAAAGAAGAUUAUUUGACGACGUACCGAGUGUUUUUUGAAAACUUUGCGGCGACAGUGAACCCCGAGGACCAGCUCCCAGUGAAUAUCGCGGGCUAUACCAUCACGGAGAGCGAGCUGCCGGGCGAAGUCUUGUACUGGACCACCCAGUAUUUAUCAGAGAAACAAUGUCCCUCGGCACUAUUGACCCCGCUGCUGCGGAUAAUCCUGGACGAGGUCCGCGUGGCGUCCAAGAAGCAGCCCGCAGAGUUUGGCUACAAAGCCGACGAGUCUGUAUACGUAGCCCUCCGCCUAAUGCAGGCCGUGACGGCCCGCGUCAACGACGUCUGCCUGCGCUACCUCGACAACUCUCGGUUGGACUCGCUGCCGCCGCCGCCCGCGCCGCACCUGCAGGAGCUGCGCACGGUGUCAGCGGCCACCAAGAACUCCCGCCGGGUCAUGGAGGACCGACACGUUGAGAUCGGCAACUUGGAGGCGCUGUUCGGUAUUGAGUGCGCAAAGCCAACGGCCUUCUACGCCGUGUACGACGGGCACGCAGGCUCCGCCGCAGCUACUUACUGCGCGGCACAUCUUCACCAGUACCUGGUCGAGAGCCCACAUUACUCCACCGACCUCCGCAAGGCGCUGAGAGACGCCUUCCUUCGCACAGAUAAUGAUUUCAUCAGGAAGAGCAACCAGGAGCGAGCCUGCGGAGGCAGCACAGCAGUGGUGGUAGUGGUGCGAGGUUGCCAGCUACACGCUGCAUGGGCCGGCGACUCACUAGCCCUCCUCGCCAAACGCAUGCGGCUCAUGCAGCUCGUGCGGCCGCACAAGCCCAGCCGACAGGACGAAAAGGAUCGAAUACAAGCGGGCGGCGGCGCCGUCAUGUUCUGGGGCACGUGGCGCGUCAACGGCCAGCUCGCAGUCUCCAGGGCUAUUGGCGACGCUAUGUACAAACCCUACGUGACCGCACGACCAGAGCUCGCGACCGUGGACCUGGACGGAGACGAAGACUUUGUAGUUGUGGCUUGCGACGGUCUGUGGGACUUCGUCAGCGAAGACGAGGUCGCGCUGGCCGUGUACCGGCAGCUGGCCGCAGAUCCAGAUGACUUGAAGGCAGUGACGAAGCGGCUGAUAGUGCAGGCGAAAAGGCAGGGCUCCUGCGACAACAUCUCCAUAAUCGUGGUGUUCCUGAAGGACCCGCGUGACAUCGCCGCCGACAAUCGCCCGCCCAUGGAUCUUGGGCUGGACAACGCGUUGGUGAACGCGUCGCUGCCGCCCUUUGCCGUGGACGCGGACGCCAAGCACCACGGCAUGGACGGCGCGGCGGCGGACUGCGAGCCAGAGGGCGAGCUGCCCGACAAUGGCGUCGACAACUCGGACAGUGAUAGCGAAGACCUCGGCCCUGAGACUGCGGUCGACGCUGAUGACCUGGAUGCGGAGGCCAGGAACCACGUCGCCGCGCCGACGCCUCCAGCUCACACAGGUGGAACAGCGGACGAAAAGUUUAAGAUAUUAUGGAAUUAUUACAAGACAAUUCAAAAUUCUCCCGAGUUAUCAGCAACCAAGUUAACGGAUAUGGUUUUAACUGAUAUUAUGCAGAGUUCUGAUAGAUCCAUAGGCACAGAAACCACCGAAAAUAAUUCGUCAGAAUCAAAAAUAGAGAAAAAUUUUGAACCGAAUAUAACUCCAAGAGCGAUAACAAAAUUAGCUGCUACGUUAUCAAAAACUGAACCAAAGAUAAUCAUUUCACAAAUACAACCAAGCAAAUCACCAUGUAUCUCCUUCCCUACCUCGGCAUCCUCGAAUGAAAAUACAGAAGAUAAAAAACAGCCCCAGUAUAUUGAAAUUAAAGAAAUAAGCAGCAAGCAGAAAACGGAAAGUACGCAUUUGGACAAAACUGAUCAUCUUUUUUUAAGUUAUGCCGAUACUUUUAAACAAUUUACCCCGCGAAGACAAGCUGUACUUAAACUAGAAUUGGCAAGAAUAUUUGUCUGUGCCGAACUUACGAAUUUAGAUCACGCUAAAAAGUGCACCUGUGCUACUAGCGAACUAAGUAGCGAAGGGUUCAAUAAAAAUAUUCUACUUAAUCAUCUGGAACCAAAACCAUUUAAGAAAUAUGAUGCUACAAGGGAAUUGGAUAAACUGGAUUAUCUUUUUUUAAUUUAUGCCGAUACUUUUAAAGGUUUUGGUUUAAAAGGACAAGCUAUUAUUAAACUGGAAUUGACAAAAUUAUUUACGUGUGCCAAACUUGCAAAGGAUGACUUAGAAUUUUUAGAUAUUUGCGGACAAUGAAUAUUUAAAUAUUAAACUUGCUCCAACAACAGAAAUAAAC